GAAGUGCUGUCUGCAGGUGCGAGUCUCUUCGGAAGCACUCAGAGUAAGGGCUUUGGUUUCUCGUCUGGUCUGGUCUCGAGUGGAGGUCUGGGUGGUGCUGGACUGGGCUUCGGAGGAUUCGGUGGGAUCCAGACCGCUCAGAACCAGCCGGGAGGCCUGUUUAACCAGCAGGCGUCUCAGUCCAGUCAGCUCUUUAACACAGCCAGCGCUCUCUCUGCUCCGUCGGUCCUCAGCGACGAGCGCGACUCCAUUCUGGCCCGAUGGAACCAGCUGCAGGCCUUCUGGGGAGUAGGGAAGGGUUACUAUAGCAGCAGCACACCGCCGGUGGAGUUCAGCCAGGAGAACCCCUUCUGCCGCUUCAAGGCGGUGGGCUACAGCUGUGUUCCGGAUGUGAAGGAUGAGGAUGGUUUAGUGGCUCUUGCUCUCAAUAAGAAGGAAGCUGACGUUCGCUCUCAGCAGCAGCAGCUGGUCGAAUCGAUGCACAAGGUUCUGGGAGGAAAUCCGACUCUUUCGGUCAACGUGGAGGGAGUGCGAGCGUUACCCGAUGACCAAGCGGAGAUGAUCAUUUAUCUGGUGGAGCGCUCUCCUAACGGCACGUCGAAGCGAGUCCCGGCGUCCACGCUCUACAGCUACAUGGAGCAGAUGAACGUGAAGUCUGCACUGCAGCAGCUGGGUGUGAUCAUGGCGGUCAGUCGCACCGCACUGACCCCGGCGCAGCUCAAGCAGCUGCUGCAGAGCCCGCCCGCAG